AUGGAACGCCGCUUCUCUUUUUUCCUCCACCUCUGCCUCAGCUCGAUUUUAUCCUUCUUUUGGCAAAUUUCUCAGGAGCUAACUCCCCAGCAACCGCAUGUCUGUCUUAAACUCUGCUCCCAUCAAUGCUCUUCUGUCACCUCGUCUAUGUUCCGCUCCUCUUACUCCAUUCCUUUUGUCUCGGAAGAGAUCUACAUUCAUGUCAUCUAUAAAUUGACCAUAGUACAUUCGCAUCGAAUGGCACUUGAGGGCAAAGUGAUUCAUUGUCUACUGGCGCGACUACAUAAUGAUGCCAAGAAGAUUAAAGGCGAGGAAGCAGUAAAUGUCACUAUGCCGAUUUCGAUUGAGGAUAAGUACAUUUUGCACAAGAAUCCGAGGUGCCUCAGAACUGCUAAGAUAAUGGAAGCAUUGAAAGCUGAAUUUUUUGCAAUGAACUGA